AUGUCUGCUGCCGAGCUUACCUUAAAUCCUGCCCCGCAGGCUGCAAACGACACCAAUGGAGCUGGCCUUCCCAAGGCCAGCCCCGGAGACCUCUCUGGCGCCGGAACACCUGCUACUGGCUUCCACAGAAUCCUCAAUAAACAGCUAGAUGGCGCUGCUCGCACACCCGGAGCAUCGACACCGGUCCACCUCGGAAUCCCCAUGGGGACUCCCCGGGUACUGUCGGAGAAAGGCUCCGGAUAUGUCGCUGCGAAAUUUGAAGGCAAGGCGAAGCAGAUGGAGCAAGUGAUGGAUCAGCUGGAAGAGAGCGGUUUUAUCCCCGCUGAAUUUAUCUCCACUGAAACGGAUUGGUUCUACAACAUGCUCGGCAUCGAUGACAUGUACUUCCAGACUGAGACUGUCGAGGCUAUCACGAGCCAUAUCCUAUCGUUAUAUGCCGCUAAAGUUGCCGCCUACGCCCGAGACGACAAGAGAUUGGAAAUCAGACUCGACAAAGAGGCGGCCGACCAUGCCGUCUACAUUGACACCAGCAAGCCUGGUGUUAGUGCUGUCGAUGGCCCUCGCUACGAACAACGUAUCGAUGAGAAAUAUAUCGAUAACUCCACUCCAAGCAACAGCUACCGUGUCGAGACAUUCCGCUCAGACACAUCUCUGCCCGACAACCAACACCAGCUUCGUUGUUACUUCGUCUACAAGUGUCUAUUCAACAACCCUCAUCCAGACCCAGGCGAGACGAACAUCGAGGUUAUUGGAGAAAACCGGUUCUUGCAGAAGGCCACCGCCAACACAAAGGCCAUCUACCAGGAGAUCAUUAUCAAUGCAGUGGCCCGGUCUGGUCCUGUUAUAGAAAUGUUCGAAAUUGAGGGUAGCCGUGAGAAAAGAUUGGUUAUUGCAUACCGCCAAGGAUCUGCUAUGGGGCUGUUCAGUGCUCUUUCAGAUCUUUACCACUACUAUCGCCUAACAAGCUCCCGAAAAUACCUUGAGAACUUCUCAAACGGGAUCACCGUCCUUUCUCUCUACCUUCGCCCUAUGCCGGGUACUGAGAUGUCGUCAAGAUAUCCCCCCAUUGAAGCCGCCAUUCACCAGAUAAUGAAAGAAAUUUCUCUACUGUACUGCAUUCCUCAGAACAAGUUUCAAAGCCACUUUGCUACUGGACGCCUUAGCUUACAGGAGACAAUCUAUGCACAUUGCGUUUGGGUCUUUGUCCAGCAAUUCCUCAACCGCCUUGGUUCUGAAUAUAAUUCGUUGACCGCCCUCCUCGAUUCCAAUAACACCAUGCAUGCCGAGCUUCUUUCCAAGAUUAAGAAGAGAUUGCGAACCGAGACCUUCACUUCUGAUUACAUUUUCGAGAUUAUUAACAAAUAUCCCGAUCUAAUCCAUAGACUCUACCUUGAUUUUGCGAAUACCCAUUACGUUCAGACUAGAGCUGCUGAGGACGAUUUCCUUCCAACAUUGAGUUACCUUCGCCUCCAGGUCGAUGAGAUCUUAGAUAGGAAGCAGCUGGAUGGCCUUGUGUCCAAGACUGUCGUCAGUGAGCAUGACGAGAUGGUCAUGAGAUCCUUCCUCGUCUUCAACAAAGCCGUCCUCAAGACCAACUUCUAUACUCCCACAAAAGUCGCUUUAAGUUUCCGUUUAAACCCCGAUUUCCUACCUUCAAAUGAGUACCCCCAGCCUCUGUAUGGCAUGUUUCUCAUUAUUAGCUCUGAGUUCCGUGGUUUCCACCUUCGAUUCCGUGAUAUCUCUAGAGGUGGUAUCCGUAUCGUAAAGAGCCGAGACAAGGAAGCCUACGCUAUUAAUGCACGCUCAAUCUUCGAUGAAAACUACAACUUGGCCAAUACCCAACAGCGUAAGAACAAAGAUAUCCCUGAAGGGGGAGCUAAGGGCGUCGUUCUAUUGGACGUUAACCACCAGGAUAAGGCCAGGGUAGCGUUCGAAAAGUACAUUGACAGCAUUCUCGACCUUUUGCUUCCUCCCGCCAGCCCAGGAAUAAAGGAUCCCAUCGUCGACCUUCACGGUCAAGAUGAAAUUCUGUUCAUGGGCCCCGAUGAGAAUACUGCCGAACUUGUUGACUGGGCCUGUCUACAUGCUAGACAACGAGGUGCGCCAUGGUGGAAGUCAUUUUUCACCGGCAAGAACCCCAAACUUGGUGGAAUUCCACAUGACACAUAUGGAAUGACAACUCUGUCCAUUCGUCAGUAUGUCGAGGGUAUCUAUCGUAAAUUGGCUGUUGAUGAGACUCAAAUCCGAAAACUUCAAACUGGUGGACCUGAUGGCGAUCUUGGCUCUAAUGAGAUUAUGCUUGGCAAAGAGAAAUAUACUGCCAUCGUGGACGGCUCUGGUGUGAUCGUCGAUCCACGAGGACUGGACCGCGAGGAGCUUUUGAAAUUAGCAAAACGACGUGUCAUGAUCUCCAAUUUCGACUUGUCGAAGCUCUCCCCGGACGGAUACAGAGUGCUUGUUGACGAGGCCGACGUCAAGCUCCCAAGUGGUGAAGUUAUCCACAAUGGAGCUGUCUUCCGCAAUACCUUCCACCUUAGAAAGGGUGAUUAUGAUAUGUUUGUGCCUUGCGGUGGUCGCCCUGAAUCGAUUAAUCUGGGCAACGUCGCAAACCUUAUUGUUGACGGAAAGAGCACUAUCCCAUAUCUUGUUGAAGGUGCCAAUCUUUUCGUCUCUCAGGAUUGUAAACUUCGACUUGAAAAGAAUGGAUGUAUCCUUUUCAAAGACGCUUCAGUCAACAAGGGUGGUGUGACAUCUUCGUCUCUUGAAGUUUUGGCUUCUCUCUCUUUUGAUGAUAAGGGUUUCGAAGAAAACAUGUGUAUUGGAGAAGACGGCAAUGCUCCAGAGUUCUACAAUGCUUAUGUUCGUGAGGUUCAAGAAACCAUCAAGCGCAACGCUACUCUGGAGUUUGAGGCUAUCUGGAGAGAGAAUGAGCAAACUGGUGUUUCUCGAAGCAUAUUGAGCGACACACUUAGUGUUGCAAUUACUACGCUCGAUGAAGAGCUUCAGAAAUCAGAACUUUGGGAUAAUCUUGCCUUGCGCAAGGCCGUCCUGAAGGACGCUUUGCCUAAAUUACUACAGGAGAAGAUUGGACUGGAUACUAUGCUGGAGCGGGUAAGUUCGAAUCUCUAA